AUGAUGUACGGGUCGGAGACUUGGGCAGCACCAUCAACGGUUAUGGAGAGGCUUGACUGCGCGGAACUAAAGCUGCUUAGACGGCUACUUGGCUACUUUUGGCCUAGGGUAUGUCACAAUGAAGAUCUUUACGCAGAAAUUGAUGUGGUAUACCGGCGGAUGACACGUGGAAAACAUCAACAUCUUGCACCGCCAUCGAAAGUGGCUAAAGUAAAUCGUCUUCGGUUCUUUGGUCAUAUAUCGAGGAGACCGGCAGAUCGCCUUGUUCAACGAGUUCUGAGGAGUUUGUCGGGUUCGAGCUGGAAAAAAGCCACCUGGCCGAAAAUGGAAGUUCUGGAUUAA